AUGGUGGAAGCAGCGGGGCCUUUCCGGAGAAGGGGCGGCACCAUGGAGGAGGUGCGGAUGGAGGAGGCAUUCAUCUUCUCCGAAACCAUCAAGGUCAGUUCACCCUUCAAAUUACGCCCGUGUUUCUUCUCUUCCCCUGCAACCUCAAGACUCUGCUUGGACAUUUUCACAUCAGCAACAAUCUCUCUCCAUGCAGGAUCUCAAGGCGCUGCGUCCGCAGCUGUAUUCGGCAGCAGAGUAUUUCGAGCUAGCCUACGUGCAGGAAGCCGGGAAGCAGGCGUAUGUCCUACACCCAUUGCUUCCUCCUGCAUGCUCCACAUGAUCGUGUGGCUAGUCAGCAAGCUUCCACCUCAUUUUUUUCAUGCACACAGGGUGAUGAGUAACCUCAAGGAGUACGCUGUGAAGGCCCUCGUCAACACCGUCGAUCACCUAGGGUCCAUAUCCUUCAAAGUCUCCAGCCUUGUCGAUCAAAGGUUCGACGAGGUGGCCCAAGCCAACCUGCGGGUGUCCUGCAUCCAGCAGAGAACUCAAGCGGUCCAAGCAUGCGUGAACAGAGAAGGCCUGGUGCAGCAGUCCUUGGUGAUCCCCGCUCCAAAGUAUCACAAGAGGUACAUCUUACCAGUGAUUUCAGCAGGGGGUGAUUCAAUUCCUAAUGCCAUGCCCAACUUCAGCGCGAUGAACAAGGUCAAGAACAGGGCUACCACACAGAUGCAUCAGGCCUUCAGCGCAGCAGCAUCCGCAGCUCAAACAAAAAACAAAGACAAGCAAGCUUCAUUCCGCAAGCUCCGGUCGAUUGCCCGUGCACCUUCUCAGAGUGCGCGAUCAUCCUCUCCAGCACAGCAUCCGCGCUUCGUGCCACCUUCUGAUACUGCAAUACCCAUCAAAAGAGAUAAAAGAUCGGAUUCACCAAUUUAUUCGACGACUCCGCUCACAAGGUCUGGGUCACUCUCAAAGAAGUCAUCCUUGCUCAAGACAUCAAGUGUCAGGGUCCAGAUGCAGACAACUUCAGAUCCCAAGAGAUUGGUACCGCUGCGGUCAUAUGCUGAUAGGUACAAUGAUGAUUCCAAGGAAAGCGAGCAGACUCUGAAGAAGAGCAAGAAGUUCCUCAAGUCGCUGCUCAGUAGGCGCAAGUCUGGAAAAGAAGAACCACUGCAGGAUAGUGUUCCUUAGGCAGUAAGGGAUGAAAAUUUUCACAGGAGUGUCCGUUACUAUCCUCAGUACCUAGUUAACUUUGUAUGAUUCCUCUUAAUAGUAAUUGUUGUUUAUGUUUGUUCAUCAUUUGAAUGACGGUGCUUAAGGUGAGCCCUGGCCCUGGAAAUGACUUGAAUUAUUACUAUUUUGCUCGA